ACCGCGCCUCCUCCAUCGAUCCCAAUUCACAAGCUCGCAGCUCAAGCCUCACUACACGCAGAUCCUAAGCAUUCGCUUGCCAUCGUCUCCUCCCCCUCUCGUUGCACCAGCGACACCAAGCAGAUGGCUCGCUUCGCCGUGGUCGCAGCCAUCGUCGCACUCCUCGCCGUCGCCGCCGCCGCGCAGGGGCCCAUGCCGGCGCCUAGGAUGGCCCCGCUACCUGCGCCUCCGGCGAGGUCCCCGGUCGCCACCGCUCCCACCGCAGCGUCGCCGUCCCCGAUGGCCUCUCCCCCUGCCCCUACCACCGAUGCCCCGACGGACGCUCCCUCCGCGAUGACGCCCUCCUCCGUCUCUGCCACACCCGAGGGAGCACCCACCCUCGCCCCGAGCGGCAACCCCGCGAGCUCCGCCGUGUACACCUCCGCCGCCAGCUUCGGCGCAGUCGCCGGAGCAGUCGCCGCCGCCAUCUUGUUCUAGAUGGACCCACGACUCUGUCUCUGCUUGCUGUUGUCUAUACAGUUUCAUCAUUUCUGAGAUUCUUUACUGCUCGUAUUACAGAUCGAGGAAAGGUUACACGACAUUGCGAUGUAAUCUUGUUAUGAGAUUAUUAUGAGUAUACAAAUUCGUUCAUUUGUUACCUUA